AUGGCGUUUCGUAAACUGAAAUGCUGGCCAAUGAAGACUUUCGAAAACCGAGACAAAAAACUUCUUCUCAUCUUGAUAUGUUCUUUGCUCUAUUUAGGGGUCAUCUUGGGGAACCUUUUUAUUUUGUUUUUGGUAAUUUUUGAUUCUCAUUUACAUUCUCCUAUGUACUUCCUGCUGGCCAACCUGUCCCUCAUUGACAUGGGCCUUUCCUCUACUGCAAUUCCUAAGAUAAUCACAGAUCUUUUAAAUGAAUACAAAGUAAUCUCUUUUCAAAGUUGCAUGACACAGAUAUGUUUCAUUCACAUCAUAGGAGGAGUGGCGAUGGUUUUACUCAGAGCCAUGGCAUUUGAUAGGUGCACAGCAAUCUUUAAGCCACUUCAAUACUUGAAAAUCAUGAAUUCUAAAGUGUGUGUUUCAUUCGUAAUCACUGGCUGGGUAACUGGGGUGAUCCAUGAUGUCUCAGUUUUUUUUGUUAUAAACUUGCCUUUCUGUGGGCCUAACAAAGUUGACAGCUUUUACUGUGACUUUCCUAAGAUUAUAAAACUUGCAUGCACAGGUGGAGCCAAGCUUGAGUUUAUUGUUACUGCCAACAGUGGCUUCAUGACUAUGGCCACUUUUGUCCUGCUAAUCCUUUCCUAUUCCUUCAUUUUGGUCACCAUCUGGAAAUGUUCUUCAGGAGACUUAUCUAAGGCAUUUUUCACUUUGUCAUCUCAUAUCACUGUGGUUUUUUUGUUUUUCACUCCAUGCAUAUUUCUUUAUAUCUGGCCUUCUCCCCCACCAUCACUCGAUAAAAACCUGUUCAUUGUUGACUUUGCUAUUACACCUGUCUUGAAUCCUGCCAUCUAUACAUUAAGGAACAAAGACAUAAAGGUAGCAAUAAAAAGAUUGCACAAAAAGAUAUCUUAUUUCAGAUUUUGUUGA